CCGCACUUAACCCGCCGUGUGGAGUUGCACUCUUCGUGCAAGCCGGUGAAAAGAGAGGCGUCGGUUUGAAUCCCCGGAGCGGCAAGAGUUCAUCUUUGAUUUGUGAUGAACGAGAUGAAUGAAAAGCAAAAGAGAGCAAAACUCUCGAGGAUUAUCCUCUGAAGUAGAGAAGCUCGUUCAGCUUCUAGCCUCUCAGACGACGUGAGAAUGAAGCGGGAACUAAAACACGGAUAAAGUGUUUUAAAAAAUACAAAAUUACAAAACCUGAACGUAGAAACUGACUUUGGACUAACUAAGUGCUUCGAUUUAAAAAGCUGCAUUCUCUCUCCUGACCACUACGGGGCGACUCCUCUGGUUGUAUAGAAGUCUAUGCUUCAUGUGUUUUCUCUGAAAUCCUUAGAUCCUGCCGUGUACUGUCUCCUCGGUUCUCCAGGACGUUCUCCAGCCGAGGGCCUGAAGCCGCGGGGGCCUCGAUGGGACGGCCAUGAAGAAUCUGGACCAGCGUGGGCGUGGCCCCCGGGAGGCUCUGGUGUGUGCGCUCCUGUCCGGUCUGGUUCUGGCUCUACUGGGACCGCCGGGCUCGGUCCGCGGCUGUCCGGGCGUCUGCAGUUGCUACGGCAACACCACCGACUGCUCCGCCGCCGGCCUCCCGUCUCUGACGCCCAUCCUCGCGCUGCUGGACCGGGACUCCCUGGUCCUCCGCCUGCCCCAGAACAACCUCUCCUCCCUGGGCACGGGCGAGCUGUCCGGCCUCGGCGGCCUGGAGCUCCUGGAUCUGUCCCGGAACCGCUUCUCCGCCCUGCAGCCCGGAGCCUUCUCCGCGCUCGGCAGCCUGCGCUGGCUCAACCUCUCUGCCAACGACCUCGGGGCGCGCCCGGCGACCUCCGACGACCCCGACGGCGAGAUCCGAGGGAGCGACGGCCUGAGCGAGGACGCCUUCAGGGGUCUGUGGCGACUGCGAGGGCUCGACCUGUCCUCCAACGGCCUCCCGCGGUUGCCCAGAGGCCUGCUGGACGGACUGCGGAGGCUCGCCUGGUUGUCCGUGGCCGGCAACCGGCUGGUGGCCCUGGACCGAGUCACCUUCCAGCCCCUGGUGGGGCUCCGGGAGCUCCGGCUGGAGGGGAACCCCUGGGAGUGCGACUGCAAGCUGAGAGACUUCAAGCACUGGAUGGAGUGGCUGAUUUACAGAGAAGGUCAGGUGGACGCCAUGCGGUGCAGCCUCCCGGGGGACCUGAAGGGCCUGGACAUCCGCGGCGUUCCGGCGGAGAUGUUCAGCCACUGCCUGCGCAGUCCGGCCAGAGAGGGCCCGGCGCGUCACGGGGGCCCGGCGCGUCACGGGGGCCCGGCGCGUCACGGGGGCCCAGCGGGUCACGGGGGCCCGGCGGGUCACGGCGGCCCGGCGCGUCACGGGGGCCCAGCGGGUCACGGGGGCCCGGCGGGUCACGGCGCCCGGCCCCCGUGUCGGCCGGGCCGCAUCGGCAGAAACGACGACUGCGUCCGCCAGCGCUACCGGCCGGCCAGCGUGCGGCGGGCGCACGGCACGCAGAUCGUGGCGGGCGUGAUCUGCGGCGCCGUGUGCGUCAUGAUGGCGGUGGCGGCCACGUACGGCUGCGUCUACGCCUCGCUGAUGGCGCGCUACCAGCGGGAGAUGAAGGGCCGCGGUCGGCCCCUGAUGGCCGAGUGCGGCGCCGACACCGACCCGGAGGACGGGCAGACGACGCCGGAUUCGCCGCCGCCGCGCAAAGAGGGCGCGGUGCUCGGGUAUCGGAUCAGCAGCUUCUGACCCUUCAGGAAACCAGACCGCAUCUCGAGGCGGACUCCCACCGGCCAGAACAGGUCCCGUUCCCUCGGCAGAGCUCUACCUCGC